GUUUUUUUCUAACUUCUUCUUCUCUUCGCACCAUCUUUGUACACUUUGGAUUAGACAAGACGAAAUAUCCAUCUUGUUAUAAAAAUGGCAUCUGCAACUUUACAAAAUACAUCAUCUCCAGCACAACAGUCAAGUGCUGUAUUUGUUAUAAAUGCACUCGAAAAAGUUGCUGCAGCUAGAGAGGCAAGGCGCAACAAACCAUUGAAAGAAGCAGUCGAUAUUGCUCUCAAAUUAUUAAAGAAUAAUGAACCUGCACCAGAAGGACAAACUCGCUCCUCCGUCAUUUUAACUGCACUUCAAAGCGCUAUCGAUACACGCUCAGCAAACUUGAUGACAAUAUCACUAGAUUGUCUUGGCAAAUUCAUUACUUAUAAUUAUGUUGCUGAUAUGGAAGAUGAAGUGGCACAAACUCAAGUCAUGGAAAAGGUUGUGGAUGGUAUUUGCGAUUGUUUCAUCGGUGAAGAAACAGAUAAGAAGGUCCAAUUACAAAUUAUCAAGGCUCUUCUUGACGCAGUUUAUUCCACUAGCAAUCCACUUCAUUUAUCAGCCUUAUUGAAAGCAGUUCGAACAACAUACAACAUCUUUUUACUUUCUCGUAACAACGACAACCAAAAUGUUGCUCAAGUCACAAUGACACAAAUGGUCGAUCAUAUUUUUAGAAGAGUUAAAUCCAACCCUAAUCACAUUGUUCCUGUUCAGGAAACAGCCGCAAUAGAAGAAAAAAAGCCAGAAUCCAUUCACAAAACCGAGGAAGAGCAUGUUACAGAAGGCGAGGAUACAGCCAAUUCUAAUAAUACGGCACCUAAUGCUCCCAUCGAAUCAGAAGAGGAUGCCGCUGCAUAUCAACAACAAAUUAUUGUUGAAGCGAAUAUGGCCCGUACCGAAAUGGAUCAUAAAUUACCAAGCGGAAGAUCAAAGGAUAACUAUGAGGAUUUCUUGAAUGAUACUGCAAACGUCUUUCAAGAAGAGCAACAAAAUGGUGUAUCACCUGCUAAUCACACAGUCACUACAGCACCCGUAUAUGAAACAACCGGUGCAUCAGAAGGAAAAGGAUCAUUUGAGGAUGAGGGAAUCCAAAAUGGGGAAUCAGAGACCGACGCCGAUCUUUAUAUUAAGGAUGCUAUUUUAGUGUUUAGGGCUCUUUGUAAAUUAUCUAAAAAGUCGAUUCAAUCUGAAUGGGGUAACGAUAUGAGAUCUUAUUCGAUGCGUUCCAAGUUACUUUCGCUGCACUUAAUUUUAACCAUUAUGAUGUCCCACAUCGAUGUCUUUACUUCCGAUCAAGUGUUUUUCUCUGCUGCAGUAGCAGAUCCCAGUGGCCAUCGUGCCAAUCCAUUCAUCUUGGAAGUAAAACAGUAUCUCUGUCCCAGUAUAGGAAGAAACGCAUUUUCGGUUGUACCUCAAGUCUUUGACAUCACACACGAAAUUCUUUGGCGAGUCGUUCAAGGACUUCGGGUGUAUUUAAAAAACGAGAUUGAAAUCUUCCUGAAGGAAAUCGUAUUGCGUAUUUUAGAAAUGCGUAACGCAUCCAACCAACAAAAGUUCUCUUUAUUAAAGGGUGUGCUGCGUAUCUGUGAAGAUCCUCAAACAUUAGUCGAUGUCUAUUUGAACUAUGAUUGUGAUAGGGCUGCCUUAGACAAUAUUUAUGAACGUUUAGUUAAUGUACUCUCAAAAAUUACUACUUCCCAUAAUCAACCUGUCACCGGUAAAGAUUAUGAUAAUCAUUCUGCAGAUCCUAUCUCUAGUGCUUAUGCUGGUAACCAUGGUCAUGCUUCCUCAUUUAUCCCUCCCCCUCUCACAACAGCUACCAUCUUACACAGUGACAAGCAAAAUCAAUCUGCCGCUAUGCCUGAAUCUGCUAUUCGUUACAAAUCCCUCGAAUGUCUCGUUGCUGUGCUUCGAUCAUUGGUAGGAUGGUACCAAAAUAACUCGGUCAGUAUCACUGCUGGUAGUGAGAACAAGAGCGACGAUGGUACUCCUCGAGCUAGUGAAGAUCAAUCCUCUGGUAGCCUAUCAAACCUUCCCAAUUCUUCUGUUUCAAGACUUCAAUCUUCUUCCGCCAAUGGCUCUUCGACUCAAUUGAAUACUGUCAGUAGCUCUCGCUUGGAUGAUCCCGAAGAAUUUGAAAAUUUGAAACAUCGUAAACAAUUGCUCCAAGAAGGUGUACGACAAUUUAAUUGGAAGCCAAAAAAGGGCCUUGCUAUGCUGGCUCAACAUGGAUUUUUAGAUAUGAAAGAUCCUCAUAGUGUCGCUAAAUUUUUGUUAUCUACAGAAGGAUUAAAUAAGACAUUAAUUGGUGAAUAUUUAGGCGAAGGCGAGCCAGAAAAUAUUGCCAUCAUGCACGCAUUUGUAGAUGAAAUGGAUUUCUCCAACAUGAAAUUUACCGAGGCACUUCGAUUCUUCCUCCAAGCUUUCCGUUUACCAGGAGAAGGACAAAAGAUUGAUCGAUUCAUGUUGAAGUUUGCAGAGCGAUAUGUUCAUGGUAAUGCUGGUGUCUUUGCUAAUGCUGAAACUGCUUAUGUUUUGGCAUACUCUGUUAUCAUGCUGAAUACUGAUCUUCAUAGUCCCCACGUCAAGUGUAGAAUGGAUCUCGAGGCAUUCAUCAAAAAUAACCGAGGCAUUGAUGAUGGUAAUGAUAUUCCCAGAGAGAUUCUUGAAGCAAAUUUUGAAGAAAUUGCCAAUAAUGAGAUCAAGAUGAAGGACGAAGUUGAGGCUGCUAACGAGGCGGCGUUGGUGUCCUCUCCUAGUGCUGCUGGUGUAUUAGGUAUUGGCGGUAUCCAGAAUGCACUUGUAAAUGCUGGUAUUGCCAGGGACGUUCGUCGUGAAGCGUAUCAAGCAGCUACUGAAGAAAUGGGAUCUAAGACUGAAGCCAUGUUCCGUAGUAUGUUGGCCAGUCGCCGCCGAGCUGGUGAAAGUGAGAUGAUUACAUUUUAUUCUGCUUCGCAUAUUGAGCAUGUACGUCCCAUGUUUGAAGUAGCUUGGAUGGCCUUCUUGGCGGGUAUUUCUGGUCCUCUUCAAGAAUCAGAUGAUCUCUCUACUGUUGGUCUUUGUUUGGAUGGUUUCAAAAAUGCGAUUCGUAUCAUUUGUCUUUUCCACACUGUGCAGUCUGAGGAUGUUGAUCUCCAACGUGAUGCAUUUGUAACUACCCUGACUAAAUUUACAUUUUUGACAAACUUGAACGAGAUGAAGCCGAAGAAUGUGGAAGCGAUCAAGACUUUGUUGGAAGUAGCUGCUGUGGAUGGUAAUUAUCUUAAGGGAUCAUGGAAGGAGAUUCUGUCUACAGUGAGUCAAUUAGAAAGAUUCCAAUUGAUUACCAGUGGUUUGGAUGGUGGUAAUGGGCCCAAAAUGGAAAUCCCUAAAAGCACCAGCGAUUUAAAGAGAGCGCCCACUAGUAAGACGUCUAAUGAUUUUGGUCGCCGUACAUCCAUGAUGGGCUGGAACAACACCACUCGUGCUCCUGCAUCCCCACGUUCAAAUCCCAUCACGGAAGAAGUUUCAUCCCAGUCCUUGGUUCUUGCUGUCGAUCGACUGUUCACAUCUACUGUCAACUUGAACGGAGAUGCCAUUGUUGAUUUUGUGCGUGCACUUUGUGAGACCUCUUGGGAAGAAAUUUUGUCUUCGGCACAUAUGGAACACCCUCGUAUGUACAGUUUACAAAAGCUUGUAGAAAUUUCAUACUACAACAUGAACCGUAUUCGUAUGGAAUGGUCUAAUAUUUGGGCUAUUCUUGGUGAUUACUAUAACAAGGUGGGCUGUCAAUCCAACUUUAAUGUUGCAUUUUUUGCCUUGGAUUCUUUACGUCAAUUAGCCAUGAAAUUUUUGGAAAAGGAAGAGUUACCUCAUUUCAAGUUCCAAAAGGAUUUCCUGAUGCCUUUCCGUGAAGUGUUGGCGAACAAUCCUGAUGUUGCCAUCAAAGAUAUGGUUUUGCGAUGCUUAUCUCAAAUGAUUCAAGCUAGACCUCACCACUUGCGAUCUGGUUGGAAGACCAUGCUUUCUGUAUUUGCCACUGGUGCAUGUGAAUCUUCUGAAUCGAUCGUUCACAUGACUUUUGACAUUGUACGUAGUGUCACAAACGAGCGCUUUGGUGAUAUUGUUGCCAACGGCACGUUUCCUGACUAUAUCUCCUGUCUCGUCGAAUUCUCCAAGAACCAAAAGUUUCAAAAGAUUAGUUUGCCUGCUUUGGACAUGAUCAAGGGAACGAUCCCCAAGAUGCUCGAACUUGCGAGUAAGACAACACCUUUGGAGAUCACAGAUGCUCAUGCCUUAAAUACCACAGCAAUUGUUCCUAUGCAAGCUUCUGGCGAUGAUUUCCUCAUCAAGUUUUGGUUUGCAGUGCUUUAUGGAUUAAAGGAAGUUGUAAUGCAAAGCGAUGAUGUUGAAGUACGUAAGCGUGCCUUGGUGUAUCUUUUUGAAACUUUGAAACAACAUGGCAGCUCAUUUACACCUGAAUUUUGGACGACUGUUUCAAGACAAAUCGUAUUCCCAUUGUUUGAUGAUUUGAGAGAUGGAAACAGUGAUAGACGUCAAAUGUCUCCCGAGGAUCUCAGUGUGUGGUUAUCGACUACAAUGAUUGAGGCUCUUCGAAAUGUGGUGGAUUUAUAUACCUUUUAUUUUGAUAAUAUGAGAGAUAUGAUGCAACAUGUUUUGGGUCUAUUCAGCAUGUGUAUCACACAAGACAACGAUACCUUAGCCCGUAUCGGCUGUGAGUGUCUUGAUCAGUAUAUCGAAGCCAAUGUUGAAAAGUUUGACAGCAACUGUUGGGAUUUGGUAACAGAGACCUUCAUCAAUUUAUUCGAUAAUACUACUGCCAAUGGAUUAUUUGAUGAUACUGAAGAUUUGGUAGACAAAGUAAAGGGAUUAUCUGCUGGAGCUUUACAAUUAGAUUUAAAUAUUGAAGGACACGAGUCUUCCUCCUCGUCUUUAGAUAUUGAAGUGAGUGAAGAGCGACAAAGAAAUUUCCAACAAGUGAUCAUCAAAUGCGUAUUACAACUUAUGCUUAUUCAAACGGUAAAUGACUUAUUGGCAAAGGACGUUGUGUAUUGUGCUUACCCCGCACCUCAUUUAAUGACGUUGAUGGGCUGUCUUGGAAGAUCCUUCCAUUUUGCUAAAAAAUUCAACAUCGACAAUGAUCUCCGCAUGGCGCUAUUCCGCUUCGGUUUUAUGAAACAACUCCCGAACUUGUUAAAGCAAGAAACUUCAAGUGGAGGAUGCUAUGUCUCUGUCCUGAUGAGAAUGUAUGCUAACUUGGAAAAUAUCAAGGAUCGUGAUGACAAGCGUGAGGAAAUUGAAAAGAUCCUGAUACCACUUUGUAAUGAAAUUUUCACUCUUUACGCUGAGCUUGAUCAUGAAACAAAACCUAAACCUAUUGCUGCCUGGACACCGGUUGUAGUUAAUAUAUUGACUGGAUUAGCGCAAUUGCAAGAUGAAGACUUUUUGAGACAUGUGCCUAGAUUCUAUCUCCCAUCUGUUGAGCUUUUAGGUCAAGAGAGUUUACUACCGGAGAUUCGUAUAGCACUACGUACAUUAUUAAUUCGUGUAGGAACUUCGUACCAUAUUACAAAAGUUGCUGCACAAGAAGUAGAUGAAUAAAAAUAAAAUAAUUAAUAUAUUAGCACUCA